GAUUCGGGGAGAAAGGCUCGAUUCUUGGAGCCGAGUCCUUUCAGAUUGUGUGUGUUUUUUUAAGUAUAUUCCCAGCGACUGCAUGAAAAUAAACGAGCCCAUGCUGCAGGUCGCAUAGUUUCAUUGUUCUCUAGUAGUAUAUGGGAGCAGGGAGGAGGGGGUGGUAGUAGCGAGAGUGAAGGAGGGUCCCGUCCACCCGCCGCUGCCUCCUCCCUCGCCGCCCCGGGCCAAUGAGGCGGCGAGCAGAUAACCUCUGGCCGCCGACCUUGCCGUGUGUGCCUGAUGUCAUGGGGCCGCACUGCUCGGCAGCGUUGCCGGGGCUCGGGCUGCAGCGAGGCGCGAUGCCGAGUUCGCUUUUCGCCGACAUGGAGCGGAACCCCAACAACAACAACAACAACGGCGGAGAGACGCUAGAUGACCAGAGAGCGCUACAGAUCGCCCUCGACCAGCUCACGCUGCUGGGGCUGGAUAACGACGAGAGCUCCAUUUACGACAACGAGCCGAGGAAGAAGAGCGUCAACAUGACCGAGUGUGUGCCGGUGCCGAGCUCGGAGCACGUCGCCGAGAUCGUGGGCCGACAAGGUUGCAAAAUCAAAGCUUUGCGGGCGAAGACCAACACGUACAUCAAGACGCCGGUGAGGGGGGAGGAGCCGGUGUUUGUAGUGACCGGGCGCAAGGAGGAUGUGGCGAUGGCUCGGCGGGAAAUCAUCUCUGCCGCCGAGCAUUUCUCAAUGAUCCGCGCGUCCCGCAACAAGAACACGGCGCUGAACGGCGCGGCUCCCGGCCCGCCCAACCUGCCCGGACAGACCACCAUCCAGGUGCGGGUACCCUACCGGGUGGUGGGGCUAGUCGUGGGGCCGAAGGGCGCCACCAUCAAGCGCAUCCAGCAGCAGACCCACACCUACAUCGUCACCCCCAGCCGCGACAAGGAGCCCGUGUUCGAGGUGACGGGCAUGCCCGAGAAUGUGGACCGCGCCCGGGAAGAGAUCGAGGCUCACAUCGCCAUGAGGACAGGCGGCCUGAUCGAGCUGACGGAUGACAACGACUUCCACGCCAACGGCACGGACGUGGGCUUCGAGCUGAACGGAGCGGGCGGCCUGUGGAGCAAGCCCACCCCUGGCCGCAAACCCUUCUGUAACUACCGGCACGACAGCGCCAGCUCCCUGGGCAGCGCCUCCACCGACUCGUACUUCGGCCCGACCCGCCUGGCCGACUACAGCCCACCCGCCGCGCACUACAGCGCCAACGGCGGCCCAGCCAACGGCUUCGCGUACGGGGGCGACGCGCUGCCCGCCGACAGUGAGCGGGACCUGGGCUUCGAGUCGCCCAGCUUCGACCCCGCGCCCGCCCCGCCCGCCUCUGCCCUUCUGUGGUCACAGUACGAGCGGCCCGGCCCGGCCCCCGCCCCGACUAACGGCGUCUACCCGCCCGCCACCGCUAACGGCGGCCCCGCCAGCCAGCAGCAACGGCGAGCCGGCCCUCCUCGCCUCUCCCCCCCGCCACCUCCUCCCCCUCCACCGCCGCCUCCACCCCCUCUCCAACCCGGCGCCGGCCACGACCACCACCCGCUGGCCCGCCGGGUCCGCAGCGACCCUCUGUGUGGGGUGGGCUCGCCGCUCGGCCUGGCGCCUUUCCCGGGCAGCGGGGUGGGGGUGGGGGCUCAUCUCCCGGCCGGGCCACUGACCGAGGCCGGCGGCUCCCGUUCCUCGUCCUCAUCCUCAUCCUCAUCAUCCUCGUCCUCGUGUAGCAUGCGGAGGAAGGGCAGCCGCGACUGCCUGAUGUGUCUGGAGAGCGAGGUGAUCGCCGCCCUGGUCCCGUGUGGCCACAACCUGUUCUGCAUGGACUGUGCGACCCGCAUCUGUGAGAAGCUGCAGCCGGAGUGUCCAGUCUGCCGCAAGGCCGUCACUCAGGCCAUACGUAUAUUUUCUUAAAAGGCGAACAAACAAACAAACAAACAAACAAACUCCUUUGAAAUACCGCAUCCUGAAAAGUUAGCAAAAAAAACCCGACAUCAUCAAACAUAUCGCGUUUAUUAUGUGAAAUCCGCAGGUUUAUGAGAAUUCUAAAGCAGAAUUGCAUUACAGAUUGAAGUAUUUUAUUCUUUUUUGACUUGAAAAAUUAUAUUUCGUAUGGCAGAUGUUUACAAGUAUUUUAAUUUAAUUUCAGUGAAACUUUUUUGUAGCUGGGUUAAAAAAAAACGUUUUUUAUUUUCGGAUGGCCUUUUAACUAGGGCGCCACGAACACUGUAUGGUUUUGUUAGUGCUCACACAAUACUGUUGCCUGACUGAGACCGCGCCGAGCAGUUUUCGGUGGGAAGGAGGGGAGGGGGGGAUCAGCAAAAAAAAGUGAAAGAGGCUUUUAAAGAAACAAAAAAACCGCAACACCCAGCAUAUUUUCUAGUCAUUGAUAUAAAACAUAUUUUAUUCUAUAUUAUUACGAAAUGAAAUUAUAAAAGUAGCAAGAAUCAAUGAAAGUAAACAGUUAAGCUUUCUAACAUUUAUAUAAGUAGAAUCAAGUGAAAAUUUACAGAUUCUGUUGCACCACUAUAGUUUUUAGUAUUUCUAUUUUAAUACAUUUGUUUACCACUCGUUUAUGUAUAUGUAGGUGAAGUUACUUGAUCGUAAAUGUACUUUAUUGAGCAAAGUUUAAAAACGAAAUAUAUUUUAUUUUAUGAUAAAGGGCCUUUAACCUCAUGGUCAAAUACUAAUAUUAUAUUUGCUGAGACAAGAAUUGAAAUUGUAUCAAGAGUUUUAUUUUUCUGACAUUUAAAGUUCUACAUAAUAAAGGUAAAACUUAAGUAAUGGUGCUACUUCAUGUUUUUUUAAGUAUUUCUAUAUAAAUAAAAUUGGUACAUGGAAUCAAUAAUUCUCGAAGCAUCUGUUGGUCUUAAUAUACUGCAUACACUUGUCAGCCAAGUGCCAUUGAGAAAGCAACACAACCUCUUUUAAGUAAGAAAUUUGUGAAUGGGUUAAUGCUAUGACAACGUGAGAUGAUAUUUGCAUCAGUACAAAGUAUCUGAUUAUGUAUGCUCACUAUAGAUCUAUUUAAGAAACUGUAUUAUAGUUGUGCUAAGAAAAUGUGAAUACAUUAGUGUACUACAGAUGCAUUAAUAGUUGCUGCAUGUGCUGUUUGGCUUGUAGUUCAGACCGUUAAUUUGCAAUAAAUGCCAAUUGAAUUAUUUUUAAA